UUGAAAAUUUUCACAUUUUUUUGUGGUGUAAGAAAAACCUCAAGUGACAACCACGUCCAUAUUUGCAGGAUAGGAGUUUUUUGCUGCCUCUGCUUCAUCAUUUCCGAACGCUGUCUCUUUCCACAAAUUGGAUCACCAUAUGCGGCCAAACAUGCACCGCUUUUUGCUAAUCUUCGUCCGCUUUUGCUAGCGCUAAUGACAUCGCAAUCGGUGGUACAUCAGCCAAGUACAUUUUGUGCGAUACGAGGAUGUGAGAUAGAUGAAGCAUUCAAGUUGAUCCUGUACGGAUUCUCCUACGCAGUGUUGUUUCCUCUCAUGCUCGUCAUGAGUACAACGUUUCGCUCACAUUUCUUCCACAUAGUCACGAAUUACGUUCAUGGGUAAGU